AUGGAGGCUCGCAUUACCUUGGCAGACAAUGGCCCGGGCCGCCGCUGCUGCUCCUACUCGUGCCGUCGUCGGGGGAUCCGCCACCAUCGCUUUUCAGGGGGCGAUGGCCUCGUCGGCGGCGCCAGAACCCGCCGCGGCUGCUCCCAUUGCGCGCCGCUUCCGCCGCGGCGGCCCGGCGCGCCUCCCCGCCCCCAGGUGCGGCUCCCUCCGCUCUUCUCGCCGGGAACGAGGCCGGUGCUGGAGGCCUGGCGGCGGGGCGCGCGGCUUCCCUCGGCUCUCCCCGACGGCAGCAGGGAAGGGAGAGCAGAAGUCCGGGAAAGGGCGGGUGGCGACGCCGCCGCCAACGCCGCUUCCGCCGGCCUCCCUCCUCCCUCUUUUGCGCGCGGGUGA